GGAAUAUGCACUGCAGAUGCAAAGCAACCACAGAAACAGCCGCCCUGGAGGUCACAAGACAAUAAUCCUAAUCCAGCUGCUAGACGCAUCCCCUCUUCCGCCUGUCUUCGCAUAAUCUUCUACGACUUCUAGACUGCUCUUCCGCUUCACACUACUGUACCCCUUUUUCACAAUCAAAUUAGCCCUUUUCACCCGCCACACUGCACACUGACAUUCCUCUGGCACACGUCCCGCUAGAGAGGUCUCAAGCCUCCAGACGACUUUCCUGUGGAGAAGUGAACCUUUGAGACUUUGGUACGAGUAUAGCGGAGUUGAACUGCGAAUACCUCAUAAACUCACAAUCUUCUGUCUACCAUCAAUUACCAACCCCAACUAGAAGGCUCUCCACAUAUUCUUGUCAAAGUCCUCAACCGUCCGACUCAUCAUUCCACCCACUGGGCAACCGGGGCAGGAUUCAGGCCCCGUACAAUAAUCGGAUACUGGAUACUGCACUGCAGUGCAUAUUUCUCAGCGCUGCUCUUCUGGGCGGGCGAUCCUUACAGUACAGGAACCUGGCUCACCCACAUCACGGCCCCAGUCCGAGCCGUCCCAUCUGCUUUGAUGGCAACCUUGACCAAGCUUGAUCCUCUCCAACGAACACUUCCACGGGCCCAAGAGUCUCCCAAGUGUUGAGUCAACCCUAAAUAACAAGAGAAUUCCGCCCACAUCGCGUCAACCCCCACAACCGCAAGCUUUGUCCAAUUCUCGUCGUCCCAUCAGUCCAACACCAGACCAGCACGCACGCACACCCACCCCAAGCGGCGAGCCACCAACCCAGUAUCAGCACAAGUACCAGAUCAACCCAGCGAUCAGGCCUGGGCAGGCUCAUCCCACACCUACACCCGCACCCACACGCAACCUCCACGAUACCAUACCACACUCCCUACCGAUCCACCUCCCGUUGAGCUCUGAACUCUGAACUCUGAACCACCUGGUUCCGAACCUCACUUCCUCAGACUGUACUUCGUCGCACCCGUGUCGCCUUGCAUCGUACAAGCUGUUGUCUAUCCGCCUCCACCUCCGCAUCUCGUGCUUCAGUCCCCUAAGCUACCCGAUUGUGCGACUCGGCUUCGUGAACGAACUGCGUAAACCGACCUCGACCCCGCCAAAAUCUGUCGCGCUGCCUUUUGCGCCUGCGAGGCCUUGAUGCAACUCCACGGCAUGUUGUAGACGACUCCAACAUCAAUUGGAACUGUACAUACGAGAGUAGAAGCGAAUGAAACCUGCCUCUGUUGUUGCAUAGGGGUGUUUUGUUGUUCGGCUCUGCAGUGCCCAGUUGUAAGUCUGACCUCUCUCAUCUAGGACCAAAAUGCGCAGCGCAAAUCACAACCAUACUCUGGAAUAACAUUACACAUCAUGCGAUCCUGAAGUUGAGUGAAUGUAGCUAUCUGACAGUCACUAGCUAUAAUAUAUGUGAUCUGCUGCUUACGGCGCAGUUGAGACCCUCGAGAAGACUCUUGUUGAAGGCUCAAAAGUUUUCCUACGAGUUAUCAUCAACACAACAGACUAUGACUUCUAUAAUCACACCGCAACCGCAUUCGUUUCCCGGCAGUAAGAUCAUGUCGCAGAAGGAUACCCCAAAUAACGUCAAUAUGGCCCAAAUACCAGAGGCGACUCAACAAAAUCAGUCGAAAGAAGACAAAAAUCGUGGUCGGCGUCGUAGUCGUGGCAGCAGUGUCAAAGACGAGAAUGGGGACAUUUCACCUUUAGAUGGUCCAGAGGGCCAUUCUUCUGGCGAAGAUGGUCCAUCCAGAAAGAGAAGAAGAAGCAGAAAAGGCCUGGAUAAGAAGUUUGAAUGUCCAGAGCCCAAUUGUGGAAAGAGCUAUUCAAGAGCGGAGCAUCUGUAGGCUUUCUAAGAACCCUCCACUUGCAGAUUGCCAGCUAAACAUGAAAUUCGCAGGUAUCGGCACCAACUUAACCAUCAACCAAAACAAAUAUAUAAUUGUGACUUCCCAGACUGUGUCAGAACAUUUGUCCGGCAGGACUUACGAAACAGACACAGAGAACGACAUACAGCCAAGGGCUCCCAGCUGCACCGAAAAGAUUCUAUGUUAGGUCAUAAUCACUCCCCCAUAACAGAGACUGCCAAAUCUUUAUCCAUGGGCUCCUCUUCUCCAGAGAUCAUGAGACCAAACCUCGUGGGGAAGUCACGUACAAAUCAAUUGCAGUAUCACUCACCCCAAGAAAUGACUCCUGGUGCUUACUCGCCUAUGACAAAUACCUCUUCCGGAACCUACUCUAACGGACCCUCUACAAAUGGUGAGAGCUUCAAUCUAGCAAGUGGUUUCAAGAGAUCCAACAGCGACAAUAUUCCAAGAGAGCAAGUUCAGGUUCAGACAAAUGCACUCCCUGUUAACAGACCCCCGCGACAUUCCAGUUUUGGGGUCUCUGAUGCAAGUAAACCCGUUGAAUUCUCACGGCCUCCAUUGCAAACCCCUGGAGGGCCAUUUGGUCUCUUGAACUCCGGGACAAGUAACCAGCCCUAUCAUUCCAACCAUGCUAGCCCUCAAACAUACGUUGCUCAGCAAAACUUUCCUCCUUUCACCCUUCCUCCACCUGGAUUCGCAUCAGUUGCCACGGCAGCAUCGGCUGGUCGAGAAACAGAGCCAACAUAUACAACUUCAAUGCCCGCCGAAUAUUCCAAUGACCCAAUGCAACAUCAACAAUCUGGCCCCGAAAUGAUGAUGUUGGACCAGAUGACUGCACCCAACACCAUGCCGGUUUUUGGCGGUGAAGGCUAUAGCCGAUCUCCUUUUGCUAUCCCUGAGGAUUUUGUUGCGUAUUUAUUCAGUAAUCAGCAGCUCGAAAACUCUUCGUCAAUGAACCAUAUGGGACCGCAAGGUUAUGCUGCGUAAGUUGAACCUCAUGUACAUUGAUGCACCUGCCAUCUGCUGAUCACAUAUGUAAAGAUACCCUGACGGUCAAAACCAAUAUUAUGCUCCGUACUUUGCCAAUGAUGUUGGCCUUUCAGGAUUCUUUCCUCCAAAUCAGCAGUCCCAUCCAAUGGCCGUUACUAGCCUUUUAGAUACCAGUCUACCAGAAACUGUGCUUUCUGAAGAGAAAAGUCAACAAAUUAUUGAUCUCAUCAAAGAACGAUUCAACGAAGGAGAUCACACACCUGUUGCGAAGCAAAAAGAAAAUCUGCUUGAAGGAGAUCGUAAUGUUGACAGUCAUAUGAUGAGUCGUAAGAUGAUGCAAACUUAUAUCGGCAGUUAUUGGUAUCAUUUUAGUGAACAAGUACCAAUUUGUAUGUUGUCCAAUAUCAUUUCCCAAUCUUACAAGUUCUAACGCUCUGGUAGUGCAUAAGCCAACCUUUUCACCGGACAAGACACCAAAUCUUCUCCUUAUUGCCAUGAUGGCUAUUGGUGCUUCGUGUCUAGAUAAGAUGCAUGGCUAUGAGGUUACUCAAGCUGGUGCAGAACUUUCAAACUUUCUGGCUUGGCAUUUGAGAUGGGAGGUUCGUGGGCCGUAAACUUUUGCCAAAGAAUGUACACUGACUUGAUACCGCCAGAUCUUUAGUGAUUACCAUUUCAGACCUCCCGCCAAGUUAUGGGUCUUCCAAGCCCUUCUCUUAUUGGAGUUGUACGAAAAGAUGUAUUCUACUAGAGCACUGCACGAGAGAGCUCACAUCCAUCACGCAACCACCAUUACUCUGAUGAGACGAGGAAGCUCACUGAUUGGCAGGUCGGCACUCGACUCUCCACCAAGUGUAAGAGAUGAUAAGCAAGGACCAAAUGGGUCACGUCACUCGUCCACAUCCGGAUCCAAUACUCCUGAUGAAUGGUGGAACCAUUGGAUCACCAACGAGGCCACUCGAAGAGCAGCUUUUGCAGCAUUUGUCAUCGACUCGACCCACGCCACGAUGUUUGGACAUUCAACAGUGAUGGUGGCUCAUGAGAUGAGACUUCCACUUCCUUGCGACGAAGCUUUGUGGAACGCUACAAAUAGUGCCGAGGUGGGGAGGAUUGAAGCGAGCUUACACUCCAACGGAAUAAAGCCAAUUUCUUUCUUGGAGGGCCUCAAGCGGACGCUCAAUGGUUCAGAAGUUCGAACCAACUCUUUCGGGAGAACCAUCCUCAUGGCCGGUCUGCUUAGCGUCAGUUGGCACAUGAACCAACGAGAUCUUCAAGUCAACUCACUUGGGGUUUCUCAAGCUCUUGGUGGUCGUGAUAAAUGGCGUAGUUCCCUGACACGUGCUUUCGAUUCAUGGAGAAAGGAUUUCGACAGAUCCAUGACCCGCAGUGCUGGCAAUGUCCCUGGUCCAUAUAUGUACGCUGAGAAGAAGGAAGAGAGCGUCGUUUUCCAGGGUAGAACAGUUCUGCAUCAUCUCGCUCACAUGGCAAUGCACGUCGAUAUAGUUGACUGUCAAAUAUACGCACGAGCUAAGAGACUCCUUGGUCGCACUAUUGGCUCUCAAGAUUUGAACAGUGUUCAACGACGGAUGAAGGACAACUGGGCCCCCACGGCAAAAGCUCGAGACGCAACCUGGUACGCUCUUCAAUUCUUGAAAACAGUCCUCUUACCGAACACCAUCCCCAACAUUCAUGGUGGAUUCGACGAUCCAAAAUUCGAAUACUCCGCCCGCGACGACCCUCUCAUCAACCGCCCAUGGUCUAUGUAUUUCGCCGCUCUGAUCGUUUGGUCUUAUGGCUUUGCUCUCGAAGGACCUACUACUGCUCCGAUUCCGGCAGCCUACGAUUUUGAAGCCCAAGUAAGGGAUAUGCGUGCUUAUCUGAGGAAAUUUGGGAGUGUGGAUUCGCCUGAGGAGCUUAAGAAUCUGUCGGGUUUUAAUGCUUGUAGUGGGAUGUUGAUGGUUUUGAGGACGACGUUUGAAAAGACGAGGUGGGAGUUGUUGCAUGAGGCGGCGCUUUUACUUACGAAUUGCAUCUCGCUUGUUGGUGGGCAGUCGCAGGCUUAAAUUCAUGAUCGAAUCAAUGGAGAGGGAAGUGUGUAUAUGAGAGUCGCUUGACGAUGUGUAAGUGUAGAUGGAGCGUGGCGGUUGGUUUGUUGAUAUUAGUUCUCCCACUUCUUUUUUCUUGUCCCCUUUGUAUUUUAUGGGUUUCUUUUUCGGGUUCUACUUUUCCGGUUUUCCUUUCCCCGCAUGUCCAAGGACCAAGGAAAAUUGGGGAUGGCGAGUAACAUGGGAUAGCAUGGAGUGGGAUUCAGCUUACUUGGAUUAUUCCCCCUUUUGUUUGUGGGGAGGGCUUCUUUGCGCUGUUUGUACGUAUACGGGCCUUUUGGCCAUCAUUCUUUCUCUUCUUCUUUUCUUCCUCUUUUUUUUCAUACUUUUUUUUGCAUGUAUACCCGGAGCGCGAGU